CUCGGCCGUGGCCCCGCCCCGAGGCGGCCCCGCCCCUAGGGCGCGCGGUGGGCGGUGCUCGCUCCUGCGGGCUCUUCCCGUCCAUUGGCUCUGGGCGGGCAGGGCGGGUCGCGGCAAAACUUCCUCCUGCUCUGGGCCGCCCCCGGCACCGCCCCACCAGCUCGCUGCUCUUCCCGCCGCGUUCAGGCUUCGCUCCGCCUCAGUUUCUUUGGGGAAGAAGGGUCUGCUGUUGUGGGAAGGGGACCGAGGGAAGCACAUCCUAUUUCAUACGUGCUCUAGAUGAGACAUCAGCUAGACCUUCCCCAUUGUGAAAGGGGGGCGGGGGUAGUGUCUCCUCGCCCUCGGUUCAGCCAGGAGGGUGAUGGAACUGGUGACUUCAGAGCGAAACCGGCAGCUUCCGCCACCGCUGGGUGUGAGGCACCUGGUGUGACAAUACCUCUGGCUGAGGCUGCUGGAGUGAGAGCGACGGCGAGGGGCUGGUGCUGGGUGUGCUGUGAGGGUGCUGAGGACGCGGGCUGGAGCCGACCAUCCUGAAUUAGGGAGCCGGGGGACUUGCCGCAAGAGGUCACACAGCCAACGAGAGACUCACACUCGUGCCAGUCCCCAAACGCCCAAACUCCGUUCUGUCUGAUGAGCCAAGCUGAUUUGUCGGGAUCGUGGAGGAGGGGCUAAGGAGGAGAAGCCACAAGGCGGAGAGUUUUGAAGGACCUCUUUGGGUUAGCCCGGCCUGCACCAGGGAGACGUUCGCCCGGACUGCGGACAGCACGGCGGGACCGGCAGGCGUCUCCUCGCUCUUCUGGCCUCGGCCGCCAGGGGCCGCUGCGCGCGUCUGUGCCCGCCCGCCCCGCCGAGCGCACUGCGCGGCGCCCGGAGCUGUCCGGGAGGAGGCGGCGGGGGCUAGCGGAGCGGGGACGGCCCCCGGCGACAGGGAGGCGGCGGCGGCUGCGCGCUCCCUGGCCUGCCGGCGGGAGCCUCAGAAACACCCCGGCUGAGCCUUGCAGAGCUGGCCGGGCGGGCCAGGAGUUCCCCGUGCCCAGGGCGGGGUCGGGCAAGACCGUGAUGCCAGUUUGGCCGAAGCCCCGCCGCCUCGGGGACCCGGCGGCAACUUGGUGAGGGACACGGGGCUCCUGACUUGACAGCACCCGAGCCGGCUGCUCCCUCCUGAAGUCCGCCUUUCGGAGUCUUGGUGCGGGACUCAGAGGUUUGGGGAAAAUCGGCUGGUAAACUGAGGCAGGAGUGUGGAACCCCAGAACAAACCCCAGAAGCUUCCUUUUCCCCUUCUCCCUGAGGUGGGGUGAAUCUGAGGCCUGUGGAUGAACAGACAGAAGCUGAAAGAUCCCCAAAAAGCGGCCUGGAUGUAACUGCAUUUGCACAGAUGCUCCACGGAUGUAUUUAGCCAGUCCUUUAUUGGUGCUUGUUUAAGUUGUUGCCAGGCUUUUUGAGGAUCAGUUUGCUCAUCUGUGGGUACAAAUAAUCCCACUUUGUAGGACAGUUAUGAGAGCCGCAAGAGCAUGUAUGUGACGUGCCUGGGUCAAGUGCUCAACAAAUGGGGGUCAGCAAUAUUGUUCCUCCCAUGGCACAGCCCUCCAAGGGACCAUGUUGGGUUCAUCCUUCAAGACUCUCUUAGGGGGCGCCUGGGUGGCUCAGUCAUUAAGCAGCUGCCUUCGGCUCAGGUCAUGAUCCCAGGGUCCUGGGAUCGAGCCCCGCAUCGGGCUCCCUGCUCCGCGGAUGCGUGAGAGGACCUCUCAGAACUGGAGUACGGGCCACUGGCUGCUGGUACUUUCCCUGGCCUGCCUGUGGACCCGCCUUGCCUCAGCUGCCUUGCAGCCAACUCCCACAGGUUUGAGCGAGGAGGCAGAGCCUGGGGGAGGGUUUCCCAGGUUGCCGGCAGAGCUGGGCACCGCCCCACCCCAUUUCACAGCAGGCAGAUCUCCAAGGCCAGUCCUGGUGAAACAGGGCACCUGCGAGGUGAUUGCUGCUCAUCGCUGCUGCAACCGGAACCGCAUCGAGGAGCGCUCCCAGACUGUCCAGUGCUCUUGCUUUUCUGGCCAGGUGGCCGGCACCACGCGGACAAAGCCCUCCUGCGUGGACGCCUCCAUUGUCCUGCAGAAGUGGUGGUGUCAGAUGGAGCCCUGCCUGCCGGGGGAGGAGUGCAAAGUGCUCCCGGAUCUGUCAGGAUGGAGCUGCAGCAGCGGGCACAAAGUCAAAACCACCAAGGUCACACGAUAGUUCUUGGGGUCACGGCCUAGACAGGACAGCUUGACCGAGCCAUGGACUGAAGAAUGGUAUUGUUAUCAGCCAACAAAAGUGGAGAUUCACUUACCUGGACACACGCCCAGUGCCAAGUGCAGAAUCACUCUUUCCAUGGGCAUUUCAAUUGAGUUGCUCAGCAGAUAAGGACAGAUCUCCGGCCACAUACCUAGUGUUGUGCUGGGUUCUCUUGGGGGACCCAGAAGAAGGUCAAGAUACAAUUCCUGCCCUUGAAGAAUGUCCAGUCAAGUUGGAGAGUUGUUGAAAGACAAUUGAGCUAAUUGACAUUAAAGGUAUGGGACUGUGUACAGCUUCUGGACCAUAUGCUGUGGGCAUGUUGGGGGUACGAGGGUGAGACUCCCACAGCCCUUCAGCCACCCCCUCACCACAAGGCACGAAGACAAGACGUCACAUUCACCACCCGCCACCUCCCUCCCUCAUGUCAGUCCGAACACCCAGCAAGCUGCCAACAUGCCGAAGGAAAACCUCUCCUCCCUGAGAGACCAGCUGUAUCUCUGGUUUGCUUGGGACUGGGUUGACUUGGGGAAGGAAAGCCAACGUGAAGCUAGACAACUUUCCAGCAAAGCUCUGCAGAGGUGUGGCCUAGUCUGGGCUAUUCAUUGGGAAUGGGAUGGAUAGGACCUUAAAAUCACCCCCAUCCAAGGACCUCAGGUUUUUGUUUAUUUGCUUAUUUUAACAGAUGAGGAAGCUGAGUCCCAAAGAGGUAAGAUGACUUGCCCCAGAUCUUCCAGUUUGGCCUUCCAAAUCUCUAAGGCCUUUGGCUUAACCUGGAUAUGGGAUUCAACUUGGGCCUUCCAUAUUAUUUGUAGCUCAAGAACAGGAACCUACAAAGGACUGGCAGGAUAGCAGCAACAUUUUUCUUGGGAGACUGUAGAACAGGUCCCUGUUACCUGAAGUAAUCCAGAAUACUUAUAUGCCAGCAUGUGGGACCACUGGAUCUCUACUCUGCCCUCAGCCCCCCAAAUUACUACCAGGCCCCAUGACAGCCAGAGAUCACUCACCCCAGUUACACCCGGGGCGCUCUGAGCUGGCAGCUCCAUUGUGUCUAGUCUGACACAUCUCUUCCCGAGUGCUUAAGCUGAAUGGAACUCUCAGAAGCUCUGGCUCCAGGAGAGGCUCUGGGUGGACUCCAGGGCUGGUCACAGUCCUCUCCCUUCCAAGGCCCUGCUGGGUAGUAGGGGAGGCCUUGCAGGGCUGGAUAGAGCCUCUGUCCAGGAUUGAGGGUUGGCAGAGUCAGACCGACACAGGCUUCAGGGACUCAGAGACAGGGACUAGUUGGAUAUCUCAUCAGUAAAAGAAUUAUAGGCUCAGUGACUGCUAGGAUCAGCUGGGAUCAGCUGGGAUCACCAGAAUCACAGGGUGUGUGUGGAGGGUGUGGAGCCUGAAGGGAGGGGUAUCAGUAGAGACCACCAGGACAAUGCUGAAUUCUGACACACACACCCCCACCCCCAUGAUUGGCUGAGGCUGAAUCUCAGCCCCUCCCUGCUUCUUUCUCUUCUUCCCCAAGCAGCAGAACCAAGACUGUUCACCCCACUCGAAGGUUUUUCUUCUUGUUUUUGUUUAGUUCUGGUUUGGGUAAUGGGGGAGAAAAUGAUGCCAGCUUCUCACUCGAUUGUAAAUAUCAGAACUCUGCCAACUUUGAAUCUCUGCACAUAGUGGGGUCAGGGAGUGCGGUAGUAAAGGAGUAGGUCAGAGGUUGUCAUCUCUUUCUCUUCCUUUAAGACUGCAGAAUGGACAAAGGGGUUUGGCAAACUUUCUGGAAAGGGCCAGGUAGCAAUUAUUUUAGGCUUUACAGGCCAUAUACAGUCUCUGACAUGUUUUUCUUUGUUGUUGUGUUUUGUUUUAUUUUGUUUUUUUAAAAAGCCUUUUAAAAAUGUAACAACCAUUCUUAGCUCCAGGGCUGUACAAAACCAGACCCCAGGCUGUUUUUGGAAGGUUGCCAGUCCCAGUGAACCUUUGAAGGCAGGCCUUCUAUGCAGGUUGGGGCUGCCUCCCAGCCUCCCAGCCUCCCAGACUCCUGGCCUGCCUUCGGUGCAGUGGGAACCUGAGUGUGAGGGCUGGGUUGGGUUUUGUUUUCCUUCUAAUGCUCCUUGAGAGAUUGGUGAGUGAAUUAUUUAGGCUACAAAUGAGGCAGCUUUAGCAGAGUCAGACAAUAAAGGCCUGCUCUCCUGGAGGCCAGGAUGUGGGCUUCUCCACUCCCUCCCCAUCCCUUGAGACUGUGUCCAAGAAAGCGGGGGAGGGUGCCAGCCCCCUGCCCAUCUGCUGCAUCCACGAGCCGCUGGGCUAUGAGCUGGGGGAGCCUGAGAGAGUGGGGAUGAUGCUGUAUAAAUUCCCCCCACGGCCCCCACCUCAGCUGCCAACCACCACCAGCCCCUGCCUCAGCCAGAGUCCUGGUUCCUUGAUCCUCCCUGAGGUCUCUCACCUCUGCUUGCAGAGAAAGCCUCUUUCCUCUGGCACAUGCUGGAAUUUGCUUCCAUUUCCUCAUGACCUACUCAUACAUUUAUUUGGUGGGCUUUGAGAGGUGUCCUUUAUGUGGCCAGGAGAGCUCCAUACAACACAGGAGGGACUGGUGGAGAAGAGAAAGCCUCCUACCUCCAACUGUAGCUCCCUAGGGUCCUGUUUCCAACGAGUCAAUAUUUGUGCCCAUUUUGUAGCUACUUCAAUGGCCGUUUAGGAACGCAAGUUAAUUUUCCUGGAGCAUAGGAGUCCUGGAGUCAUUUGUCAGUGGGCUGGGUUCUCAGAUUCUCUCAGGUUAGCUGGUAUCUCCACCCCCUCAGCUGUGAAGGUUGCCAAGUACCAGAGAUCAUGUGAUUAAUUUCUGUGACCUCCUGGCAGUUUCAUUAAGGUCUGUGAGUGACACUGUAAUUAAUGGCCCCUGACAGCUGCCUCAAGUUGAGGCU